AUGGCUUCUCUAGACGGUUCGCUCCCGAACCCAAAUCCUCCUCCCAAGCCAUCUCGAACUUCAAACCUGAAAAAAUCAGACGAGUACGGUGUGCUUAGUGCUCCAAACAUCGGACUGGUAGUGCUUGGAGAGUACGAGUUCGAGACUUGGUACGGUAACGGCGCGUAUUUCAACUCAAGCGGAGACCUGGAGUUGGGGAUUGACUCAAUGAAAGGCGGAAGCUCGCUGAGAAAGAAGACGCCGCAAGCACCGCUGGACUCUCUGAUAUGGCUUGACCAGCUCUUCGUCUGUGAGCACUGCUUCAAGUACUCUACUGAUGGACAUAAGAUGACGCUUCACCGAACGUUGUGUCCGCUCAAAAAGCCAUUUCCACCUUUGGGGAGACUCGUUUAUUCAGAUACCAAGGCACCAUACCUUAUAAAGCAUGUCAGAGGGUAUACUCAUGAACUCUUCUGCCAGAACCUUUCGCUUUUUGGAAAACUUUUCCUUGACGACAAGUCGGUUUACUAUAAUGUAGACUGUUUCGACUUUUACAUUCUUUACGGUUUUGAUCCUCUGGAUGAAGAUAUCACUGGCUCGGUUCUACGAAAGUACUUCAAGCCGAUGGGGUUCUUCUCACGAGAAGUGAAUUCAUGGGAAGCCGAUAACAACUUAGCGUGCAUUUGCGUAUUCCCGCCUUACCAGCGUCUUCAUUUGGGCCAGCUCCUUAUAGAGUUUCUGUAUGCUUUGGCCCAAGUGACUCCAAACAUGGCUCGACUGGGUCCAGAGUUUCCACUUUCCCCAUACGGAAAGGUGUCCUACCUACGCUUCUGGUCAAAGAAACUAGCUUCUUUAAUUACCACCGAUUUGGCUCAUAAAGACACCGUCACUCUUCGAGAGCUAGGAAACGCAACGGGGUUCCGUAAGGAAGACACUCUACUCGCACUAGAGUAUAUGGGCAUACUAGAAGAAGACCAGGACGAAACAGUCUAUGUCAGCACAUCCAAGGUUGAAGAAUGGUCGCCUCCAGCCACCGACCAUACAGAGGACGCGCCUGAUUCAUUGUUCGUUCAAGAGGAUGAAGACGAAGACGUGAUAGAGGUCGUUGAAGAGGUUCAUUCCAAUGGCAAAUCUCAAGAGCCAGUAAGGACAUCGCAAAUGUCUCUGCUGCCUCAGCAAUCUUUCGGCACAAGUCAACAUCCAGCCGAAGAGAACAGUACUCUAAUAUCACUGCAAGACUCCAAUGGCUCAGACGCAAGGCUAUCACAGAUCGGUUUCGAUCUUUUCCGGAGCCAGCUAAUAUCGAUUAUUGGAGAUGCUUCCUCAAAGGCUUUGCAGUAUCUUUAUAAGAAAUACUUCAAUAGGCCGAACUAUAUUCAACUUGCAACAAACGAGUACUUCAAUGGACUAGAUAUUGGUGCUGAUGACGCGGACCCAAAGACAGCUGAAGUAAAAGAGGAGUCGGAAGAAAGGAAAGAAGAAAUAAAGCAGCUUUAUGAACGGAUGAGAUCUCAGGCAAAGCAAGACCAGGAGAUAGCCAAAGCAACUCUGUGGCAGAGAUAUAUUGGUACGCUCCAUCUAGAAGCGUGGGCUACAAGACCUUAUCUUCGGGCUUUAACAUACAAGCAGCGUUUGGUAGUGAAAAGACUCAUACCGAGCAAGAUCAAGAAAUCUUCCAAGGUCCAGGCAAAGUUUGGUGAUUCAGCAGUCAUUAGACUAUACACUGACGGUACUGAUAAUAGGGAAAUUGGGCGUUUACCUGAAGAUGUCACACGUAUUCUAUCACCCUUGAUAGAUCUUGAUCUUGCCCAUUUUGAAGCGACCGUAAUGAUGGAGACCAACAAACGGAUAUCUAUCGGUGAUCCUUUCUACAUUCUGAUUCGUUGCUUUCUAAACAAUAACACUUUUGUUAAUCAUGAUAAGUAUGUUGGAAGCGAGGAUGUUGAAGACUCCUCGCCAGCAAAGAAGAGGAAGGUAAACCAGGGUGUGGGAUUCAAUUAUUCACAAGAGACUGAUGCUGAAGCAGCUUUGAGGCUCAAACAAAAAUCGAUCUCGAGACUUUUCGAAAAAUUACAAAUCACGCCUUUUGACGAGAAUGCACCCGCGGUGGACGAACUUGUUGUUCUUGAUGAUGAACCGUCCAACGAAAUAGAUACCCAACAGGAAAAUUCGUCUGUGGACGAGCUCAGUCUUGAUCAAUUGAAGGAUUUCUACACAGCCAACCAGCAUUCAGAGUAUUUGAAUGAUUUGCCUGAGACAACAUCGCCUCCAGAAGAAAACUUCAAGUUGGAACUUCGACCAUACCAGAAGCAUGGGCUCUCGUGGAUGUUGGCAAGGGAGAAAGAGAUUGAUACACUUGAACGCUUAUCAACGACAGAUGGAGAAGUUCUUUCAACACAGAAGCGUCAAGCUAUCCGUCAGGAAGAUGGUGUGGUGAAUCCCCUUUGGAGCAAGUUUAAGUGGCCUUCUGAUCCAAAUACCAGUGACUCGGGUGAAACAGAGGAGUACUUUUACGCAAACUUGUACAAUGGUGAAAUGUCUAGAGAUAAGCCGAUGAUGAAAAGUUUUAUGAAGGGUGGUAUACUUGCGGACGAAAUGGGUUUGGGUAAAACCAUCUCUAUAUUGUCUCUUGUUCAUUCGGUUCCUUACGACUCCCUGGCAUUGAACUUUGAACCACCACGCUACGCGUCUAAGACCACCUUGGUUGUGGUGCCAAUGUCUUUGUUGUCACAGUGGAAAUCUGAAUUCGAUCGUUCGAAUAACAAUAAGAACCAUCGUUGUUUUGUUUACUACGGCGAUAGUGUUCAGGCUGACUUCUCACAGACCUUGUGUGGGCGUACCAAGAAUAUUCCCGUUGUUGUUUUAACGACCUAUGGUACUGUUCAGAACGAAUGGACUCGUUUUAAUAAAAUGCGAGAUGAAAACGGAAAACUUCCCAAGAUGGGUCUAUUCUCUGUUGAGUAUUUCCGGAUAGUGUUGGAUGAGGGUCAUACUAUAAGAAACAGGACAACUAAAACCGCCAAGUCUGCACACGAAUUGGAGCUGAGGCGAAAGUGGGUUCUUACUGGUACUCCUGUGAUCAACAGGCUCGAUGAUAUCUUUUCUAUUGUCAAGUUUUUGAAACUAGAGCCAUGGAGUAACUUUUCCUACUGGAAGACUUUCGUUACGUUGCCAUUCGAACAGAAGAAGUUUAAUCAGACUUUGGAUGUGGUAAAGUCCAUUCUACAACCGAUCUUCUUGCGUCGUACCAAGAACAUGAAGCUGAAAGAUGGUCAACCCCUUAUAAGUCUUCCUGACAAGGAAGUGAUUGUCCAAGAGUUGGAGUUUAGUAAACGAGAGCAGUUGUACUACGACUUUUUCAAAACAAGAGCAUUCCAAUCUUUCAAGGAGGGAAUGAAGAGUGGAGACUUAUUAAAGAAAUACACUCAGAUCUUGACUCAUAUUUUACGUUUGCGCCAAAUCUGUUGCCACGCUGAUCUUGUUUCUGGAAGUGACGAACUUGAUGAAACAUGGGCUCAAGAAUUGGCUGAGUUUGAGAAACCAUUUUUGACUGAGCGUUUUGAGAAUGAUACCAAGUUGAAGCAAGUGAUGUAUUCUCUUUAUAAAAGGAUUGAUUUGCCUAAUAGUGAAUGUUCCAUUUGCACCCAGUCUCCUAUUAAUGUGGGUGAAAUGGUGGUGACUGAAUGUGGUCACAAUUUUUGCUUCCAUUGCUUGAAAGAGCAUAUCGACUUUCAAUCCAAUAAUGGUAAUGAUCCUUUAUGUCCAGAUUGUCGUGGUCCAAUCUCCAUCUACAGGUUAUUUAAGGUCAGAAACAAGGAGACUGACAAGAAGGAGGUGAGGUUCCACACGAAUGAAGACGUGGAUGAUCCAAGUUCAAAAUACGAUUUUCAGCUUUACCAUUACGAUCCAAACAAGACAUCAUCAAAGAUUGAGGCUCUCAUCGAGCAUUUAAUUGCACUCAAAGACCAAGCUCCUGGAGAGCAGGUUGUUGUGUUUUCGCAGUUUUCCAGUUACUUGGAUUUGAUCGAGAAUGAGCUAAAAAUCAUGAGUAACAACGGCACAGAGUUUGAGGUUUACAAAUUUGAUGGUCGUUUAAACCUUAAUGAUCGAGAGAAGAUUUUGCAGAGCUUUACAGCUGAACGAAAGAUGAAUGGUAAAGUUGUGGUGCUCCUUUUGUCAUUGAAAGCAGGAGGCGUUGGUCUUAAUUUGACCUGCGCUAACCGUGCAUUCAUGAUGGAUCCUUGGUGGUCACCAAGUGUUGAAGACCAAGCUAUCGAUAGAAUCCAUCGUAUUGGUCAAGCCCAAAACGUGAAAGUGGUGAGGUUUAUUGUUAAGAACAGUAUCGAAACCAAGAUGUUGCGCAUCCAGGAAAGGAAAAGAAUGAUGGGAGAAGCCGUCGAAGUCGAAGAAGAAGAGCGCAGAAAACAAAGAAUAGAGGAAAUCAAACUCUUGUUCGAAGAAUAA